CUGCCGUGAAAGGAAGCAACAUGGCGACGUUAAUGUAUUAAAUUAAAAGGUGCGCAGGAUCAGAAACCGGAUUAAAUAAUCCGGAUAUUCAGUUGUAAUGUGAACGCGAGCGAGGCGGUUUAUUCUGCUCCGCUAUGAGAGUUCCUGAUGUGUAACUCAGACCGAGACCUGGUUGACGAUGUGCUGUUGUUGAGGACUCAGUUGAGGAGAACCGAGAGGAACCUGCAGGCUCUGGGAGAGCGGUUAAGCCAGUCGGAACAUGACACCUUCGUCAGCAGCCUCGAACAGACGAACAUCAAUGGAUCAGACGGACUCCCAGGUCACAGCACAUUCGACGAUCGUCCCGAUCCCGGUUCUGUGAGACCAUCGUCGUAUCCUGGGUCCAGCACCCCGAAACCAGUGGAGAGGAAAGCCUGCGCGAGAGCUCGCGGCUCUAACCCCAGUAGAGCGGACAUGGAGGACGAGGCGGCUCAGCUCAGGAGGACGCUCGGCUCGGUGAGGGAGGAGAACUCGUCUCUGGUGCUGGAGAACAGGCAGCUGAUGAGCGACCUGGAGGCUGCACAGCUCGAGAUCGCCAGCUCCAGGUCUAAGAUGCGUCUUCUAGGUUCCACCAUAGGAGCGAAGACGUCCAACGCGUCCAUCAUGAAAGAUCGAAUCCUGGACUUGGAGGCACAGCUGGAAGCUCAAGCCACAGCGUUACGGGACGCGGACCUAAAGCGCGCGGCGAGUGAACAGACGGCACUGCAGUGCACCAGAGUGGUGGCGAAGCUCAAGGAAGAACUGAACACGGUGAAGUCCGAGCUGUGCGAGAAAACACGGCAGUGGAAGCGGAUGGAGCAGCAGAGGAACCAGGCUCUGCAAAACGCUGAGAGACUUACCGUGGCUUUCAAAGACCACAGAGAAGACGUGGCUGAAAAAUUAAAGAAGGUGAUGGAGAACGAGGGCAGGCUGAAGGCGAGUCUAAUCGAGUACGACCGAGAACGAGAGGAGCUGGAGAAAAGGUGUACACAGCUGGAGAGAGAGAAGGAGAAGACGAGUCACAGCCUGAGUAAGGACCUGAAGGAGGCGCGGGUCCAUGCCGACGCUCUCUCCACUGAGCGUCAGGAGCUGCAGGGCCGAGUCCAGCAGGCAUUGGAGCAGGCGAGUCGCCUGCAGAGGGAGCUGGAGCAGAAGGAGGUGCAGCUGGUGGAGCUGGAGGGACUCAGGAGGGACAGGGAGGACCUGCGUCUCCUCACCGCCUGUCAGGAACAGAGGCUCAGUCAGACCCACAGGGAUCUGGAGCAGGCCAGGGCAGAGCUUGGCAGUCUGGAGAACGUUCUGGACCUCCUGCAUCUCAGAGAGAAUCAACACGGAGCUCUGUGUGUGAACCCCUGUCUGUUACCCCCACUGACUUUGACUGCAGUCACAGAAAAUUUCCAGCACAAGUCAGACGAGCGCUAUCGGAAGCUUCUAGCAGCGCUGCAGAGCGUGGAGAGGGAGAAGGCCAGGCAGGCAAGCGCCGCACAGAGCCUGCAGGAGAGACUGAGCCGAGCGCAGGAGGAGAUCUCGUCCCUGCAGACCUCCAUCACUCAGAGAGCUUCACACUUCCAACAGCUUCACAACCAAAUGCUGGAUAGAGCUGCUCAGGCCACGACGCUGGAGCGAGAGUUGAAGAAGAAGAGCUCGCGUCUGGUUGUAGUGGAGAAACAGCUUCAGGAGAAAAGUGCGGCGUAUUCACAGGCUGCUGUUAAAACCAGCCAGCUGGAGCAGGAGAUAAUGGAAAAGGAGAGCAGCAUCCAUCACUACCAGUCUCUCCUAAAGAAGAAGCAGAGAGAGUAUCAGCAGGCUCUGGAGACCUCCAGGAUGUCAGAAACGCACAGAUGCAGAGAACUGGAGGACAGCAUGGAGGUGCUGCAGUUGUCUCUGGCUCAGAGUCAGGCCGAAGUAGCCGAGUUAAAGCGCACCGCGUCUAAGCUCGAGUCAGAGAAACAGGAAACAGAACUUCAGGCCGGGUUACUGCAGGCGUCUGUGGAUCAGCUUACACAGGAAAUGGAGAAGAAGGACAAGCGGAGUGAAGAAGCAGCACGUUGUUUUGAAAAGCAAGCCUUGGAGUCUGCUUCCAAGGUGAAGUUCAUGGAGUCUGAGCUGGCAUGCUGUAGAGAGGAGCUGAGCGAUGUCCUGCAGCAGGUCGAGAAGGUCAAGCAGCAUUACGAUAAGCAGCUGGAGCUGAAGAACUCAGAGUUGUCAGUUCUUCAGGAGGCGCUGAGGAGCAGAGCGCUGGCGUGCGAGAGCUCCACUGAGGAGAACCUGCAGCUGCAGCGCUCCAUGCAGAGACAACACACCAUGCUGCAGGACAGCACCGGUCGCAUUGCGCAGCUCGAGGACAGCCAGAGUCACCUGCAGAGCCAGGUCUCUCAGCUGGAGCAGGAGCUGGAGAAGGAGCGCACCACCUCGUUAUACCAGCUCAGGAGAAAGCAGGAGGAGAUCGAGGAGGCCAGGCAGGAGGCGCAGAAGAAGGAGAAGCAGGCUGCUGAGCUCUCCGCUUCCAUAACGAAGCUGCGCUCCGAGAUGGACGCAUGCAGAGAGGAGCUCACAGACAUGGAGAAGGAGCUCCUGCAGCUGAGGAGGGACAGCAGCGCCCAAGCCACGCAGCUCAGUCAGAUGGAGGAGACGCUGCAGGAGACCAAGGGCAUGCUGGAUAAGAAGAGUGAAAAGGUGGUCGACCUGGAGGAGCAGCUCCACCGGAGCGAGAUGGACAGGCGGAACUCUCUGCAGCGCGCCCAUCUGCUGGAGGAGCAGUUAAACACGGUGCGCGGCGAGCUGACCGAUACGCUCGGCCACCUGGAGGAGCUGAGGGACGUCCUGCAGAAGACUCAGCUCACCGCCGACCAGCAGAAGGCCACCAUCCACCAGCUCACCGCAGAGCUCAGAGAGAGCCAGCGUGAGCUGGAGGAGAGGAAUCAUGAAGUGUUGGACAUGGACACUGCACUGAAGGAGAGACAGGGGGAGCUGCAGCAAAGAGCAGAGCUGCUCGGACAGCUGGAUGUGGUCAUCAAGGAGCAUAAACUGGAGAUGGACAGGAAGGUGGAACAUCUGCAGGGCGUCCUGGAGAAGACCGAGAGAAAACUUCGAGAGAGAGAUAAACAGGUGGCGUUUCUGACCGAGAGGCUGGACGUGGUCAAAUCGCAGCUCCAUGGGACAGAGGAUGUGGAAAAGAGUGUAUUGGAGCUCGGACAGCAGCUGCGUGUGUGUCGCGAGCAGCUCCAGAGGAGCGCCCAGGAUCUGCAGGACGCACACACUCGCUGUGACGCGCUGAGUCGGCAGCUGGAAGACGUCACACAGCAGGAGAGACAGAAGGCGUCUGAGAUACAGCAGCUCCAGGAGCAGCUCCGUGCGGUCGAGAAGCGGCGGGUGCAGGGCGAGGCUCAGCUACAGACCACGGUCACUGAACUGCAGCAGGAACUGGAGCAACAGAGAGAAGAGCAUAACCGAGAGGUGACAGCUCUUCAGCAGACACGCGGGCAGCUCCUGAAGGUCUCCGAUCAGAUCUCCAGCAGCCUCCGGAGUUCUCAGGAGCAGCUGGAGGAAGCUCGAGCCGAUGCCGCCGAACUCCACACGCAGCUCCUGUCCACACAGCAGCACUUGCAGCACGCUAACGAAGCGCUGCUCAUUAAGGACUCGGAGAUCGCACGUCUCCAGGCGAAGAUCUCCAGCCUCGAGAGAGCCUCCGAGCUCCGCAGCUCCACGCUCCAUCAGGAGUCCAGCGCGUUUCCUCCCCUUUCUCCUCCUCUCAAAGACACGCUGCCUAAUUAUCACCUUUCCCUCAACGACCCUCUCGCUCGCUCCAGCAUCUUCUCCACUUUUAGCAGGGAAGACUCCUCAGACGCGUCUCUUGAGCUCUCUGAGAGUCUCAAGGCCAGCGUGACUGCGGCACUGAAGCCUCCGAGUUCCUCGUGCAGCGGCUGGCAGGGCCUGAACCACGGUGAGCUCUCCUCCAGUUCAGACAUGACCUUCAACCCACUCACCUACAUGCUGGAUGCAGAGGAACCUGAGGAAUCAGAAAUGGACUCCCUGUCAGGCAUGCUGAAGUUCGUUAAUCAGACUCUGGCCCUGCAGGAGCAGCACUCUCGUGGACAAAGCCAGGCAAGUACGCACUCAAAGGACCAAGGCGAAGACGACUUUAAAGGGAACGUCUCAUAACAGGGAACAAAGACGUGGAUCUUUCCAGAGUUCAGGACAUUUCUGCAGAAGUCUGGUUUUAUUCCCCGUCCAUUUGAUGAUUUGGUUUCCUCUUGUUCAACUUUGUAUUGAAAACAAUCCUGAUCACUUGAAGUUCAGUUUUAAAAAAAAUAUAUAAUAAUGUAUGUCUGUGUUUUGGUGCUUUUUUUUUUGUAUUUUCUAUUAAGGUCUUUAUAUAUGUCUUCAUUAAAUUAAUCUAUUUUAGGAUUUACAUGUUUGUUUUUGGUGUUUUACUUUUUCAUUCACUGUUCAAUUUAGGAAAAGAGUGCAGGAAUGCAAGGCAUCAGGAAACUUCCCUCAUUCGUUCUUUAUGAUUUCAGUUUCGUCCAGAUAAAGUUUACUUUGCUCUGUCUUUAAACUCGAGUUGACCUGCGUUAGCAUGAGGAGAAAUGUUUUAAACAUGGAACAGAAGUACUUGAAUAAGUCACACUGAAGAGCUAGCGUGAACUCUAGCUUUACUGAUUCGCGUUUUUAACCAACAUACAAUUUCAUCUUCUAAACAUCAGGAACGGUUUCAUGCAGUAACAAGCUCGAGGAUCAGCGCUGCCGGUAAGAGGUGGCAAACAAAAGAACAGAAACUCAAAUAGUCGCCCCUUUCAGUGGCGCAAACACAAACAUGGAAUUUUUACAUCAGAACACAGCGCUCAGACGUUCUGUUUAAAGCUUUCAAAGGUCAUCUAUGUGCCUCGAAACAUCCUUUUUCUUUUCUUCCGCACCAGUUUUAGUGGAGUUUAUGGAUGUGUUCUUGCUGUACAGAUCAAAUU